CAAUAGUUUGUAUUAUAAGAAAAUACCACUAGACAGAACCUUUUUACCCAACCACACCAAAAUCAGUAUCCUGAAAGGAAAUCCAAAAGACAGAACAAAUUUCGACUUUCUGAGCAAGUGUGGACUCCAUUGCACCGAUAUGUUUGUUAAAACAAACAAUUUAUUCUUCUGUAAUACUUUAAAUUGACUUGUAUUGAGUAGUCAUUUUUAUAACAUAUAUUUGCCAUAAUACAAUGAUGGAUGAAUACAUUUGUUGCUUAAACAGGCGGUGAAAUCACAGUGAUUCUGACUUCUAAAAUAAAUGAAAUGACAUGUAUCCACUUUGUUCUAUAACGUUGCAUCCAACUGUUGGAUUUGGUUUGGUUAUUUUUUUAUUAAUUAAAUGGUUCUUAUCAGUUUUUAAAAACCUGCAUUUCAACUUUGCUCUUUGGUUUACAGGCCUCAUUUCCCAUGAUGUCAUCAAAAGCAGAAAGAAGCUGUUUAGGCAUUUCAUAAAUCUCCUCAUUGUGUAAGUUAUCCAAUAAGGAAGGACAGAAAAUGCCAAAUCGAUGUGUAGCAUAUGGCUGUGUAAAGACACACGAGGACAACGUGACCCUCUUCAAAUUCCCCAAAGACCCUGUUGAGUACCGCAUAUGGGAGAAGCAGGUCCAAAGGACUCGGACCAACUGGACGGCAAAGUCCACCUCACACCUGUGCAGUGACCAUUUUGGCAAGGACUGCUUUGAGCCCAAACCAUCAGCAGCGGUGAAGGGCUCCCUCCCGAAAUCCUCCUUGAAAUUAAAGGAGGGUGCUGUCCCAACGGUGUUCAUCCUCCCCCCCUGUUCCAGCUGUGAGGGUGACGGCAGAGACUGCAGCGCUUGUACCCCGAAAGCAAAGAGGCGCAGCGUGACUGUGGAACAGAAGGAUCGUACGAUGGAGGACGAACCUGCAGGUACAGCUGGCCCCUUGCAGGGGAACACAACUGGUCUGGAGCAAGAGGAGGAAGAUGAUGAUGAUGAUGAUAAUGAUGAGGUGGAGGAAGAAGAGGAAGAGGAGGAGGAGGACAAUGAAGAGGGUGCAGAUAAUCAUAAAGAAGAGAUAGUAAUAAGUCCCUCAAAGGGCCCUUCCUCCCCAUCCAAAGCCUCCUCUCCAAAGGAUGAUGAGCCUGCUGUGUGUGAGAUGUGUGGCAUAGUGGGCACCAAAGACACCUUCUUCUCCAAGACCAAGCGCUUCUGCAGCGUCUCCUGCUCACGCUCCUACUCCUCAAACUCCAAAAAGGCCUCCAUCCUGGCCCGGCUGCAGGGUAAGCCUCCCACUAAGAAGGCCAAGGUCCUGCACAAAGCCGCCUGGUCCUCCAAGCUGGGCGCCUUCCUGCAUUCCCAGGGCGUCGGCCAGCUGCUGGAUGGCACCAUCCCUGGACAGGACGUGGCGGUGGGCUUCGACUGGGGCAGUUACCUGAAGGACAAUGGCCUCCAUGCAGCCCCUGUCUCCUGUUUCAGACACGUGCCCCUGCACGAUCAGUGGGAGGAGAUCUGCGUGGGGCUGAAGGUGGAGGUGCUGAACAACGACGCGGUGCUGCCCAGCAAGGUGUACUGGAUCGCCUCCAUCAUCCAGCUCGCAGGGUACAAGGCGCUCUUGCGGUACGAGGGCUUUGAGAAAGACGGCAGCCAUGACUUCUGGUGCAACCUGGGAACUGUGGACAUCCACCCCAUCGGCUGGUGCGCCGUCAACAGCAAGCUGCUGGUGCCCCCGAAGUCGGUCCACCAUCGCAUUAAGAACUGGAAGGGCUAUCUGAUGAAGCAUCUGGUGGGAGCCAGCACCCUGCCUGUGGACUUCCACAUGAAGAUGGCUGACGGGAUGAAGUACCUGUUCAGGCAGGGCAUGCGGGUGGAGGUGGUGGACCGGGCGCAGGUGAGCCGGACCCGCUCGGCGGUGGUUGACACGGUGAUCGGGGGCCGGCUGAGGCUGCUGUACGAGGACGCGGGGCUGGAGCCCGACGGGGAGGCGCUGUCCGACUUCUGGUGCCACAUGUGGAGCCCGCUGCUGCACCCCAUGGGCUGGUCCCGCAAAGUGGGGCACGCCAUCAAGAGCCAUGACAAGCGUGUUGACAUGAGCAGCCACCCAACUUUCCGCAAGAUUUACUGUGAUAGUGUCCCGCACCUCUUCAAGAAGGUGCGGACCGUGUACAUGGAGGGGGGGUUCUUUGAGGUGGGGAUGAAGCUGGAGGCCAUUGACCCUCUCAACCUGGGGAACAUCUGCGUGGCUUCAGUGCGCAAGGUGCUGCUGGACGGGUACCUGAUGGUGGGGAUCGACGGGGUGGAGAUUGGCGACUGCUCUGACUGGUUCUGCUACCACGCCUCCUCCCAUGCCAUCCUGCCCACGGGGUACUGCCAUAAGAACAAGAUACCCCUGACACUGCCCCCUGGGUAUGACCAGGUCACCUUCACUUGGGACAAAUACCUGGAGGAAACAGGGACUGUAGCUGCCCCGGCACGACUCUUUCAGACGGACUGCCCGGGCCACGGCUUCGCCCCGGGGAUGAAGCUGGAGGCGGUGGACCUGAUGGAGCCGCGCCUCAUCUGCGUGGCCACCGUGAGGCGCUCUGCGCACCGCCUGCUGCUCCUGCACUUUGACGGCUGGGAGCCGGAGUUCGACCAGUGGGUGGACUGCCAGUCCCCAGACAUCUACCCCGUGGGCUGGUGCGAGCUCACCGGCUACCAGCUGCAGCCCCCCAUCAGCAACGAACCUGCUUCAGGUGGAGAACGGCACAAGAAGCAACACAAACCCCUGGGUAAAAAGAAUAAGAAGCUGGUGAAGAAGAAGCUGGCGAACCUCAUCUCUAAGAACCUCCCCCCACCUCGGCCCCGCCCCUCAGACCCGCCCGCUCUGCUGGUCCCCAAGACUGAGCCUGUAGAGGAAGAGACAGUCAUCGCAGUGAAGGUGAAGGAGGAGGAGAUGGAGUUGGACACGGAGCCUCCCGUUCAGGCUGAGCUGCCAGUCAAAGGGCCGCAAGCCCUGCAGACCCUGCUGGAGCAGCUGAAGCAGGAGGUGGAGUGAGGGCGGGAGGCGGGACGUCCCGGGGCAGAACUGCUGCCUCCCCUCAGCCCGGCUCUGCCUCCCCUCAGCCCGGCUCUCUGCUUCCCCUCAGCCCGGCGCUGCCUCCCCUCAGCCCGGCUCUCUGCCUCCCCUCAGCCCGGCUCUCUGCCUCCCCUCAGCCCGGCUCUCUGCCUCCCCUCAGCCCGGCUCUCUGCCUCCCCUCAGCCCGGCUCUCCGCGUCCCCUCAGCCCGCCUCUCCGCGUCCCCCUCAGCCUUUUCCCCUGUGCUGCAGACCAGCUCUGAUCAGGCUGCCACAGAGCUGCAGUCACUGGCUCCAGUGCCCCAGUCCUGCAACACAUGUGCUCUGCCGUGUGGGCUUCACUGACUGAACUAGAGUCCAGUAGACUUUACUGCUGGUGCUGCUUCUGGCCACACUGCACCUGCGUCAGGUACCAGUCCACGUUCUCACUGACCCCCAACAUCUGCCUCAGCUGUGCCCAGCAUGCCAGAUGUCUGCCUCAGUUGUGCCAUGGGCCAGAAAAGACUCAUUUUUUUCACAUAGCAGGUUGGCUGUAUACUCUGGUACACCUCCACUGUUUGAGUUACAGGUGCCAGCUAUUCACUCCCACUGGUUGAAUUGCAGCACUGGCUUCUGCAAAAAAGGUUGGACAGCCUAAACCACAUGCACAUGUUAUUGUAUAGUACUUCCUGGUGUAAUUAAUAGUUUAUAUACGUAUGCAUUGUUUAACCUAACUAGUAGCGCUCCUAUUUAAUAAAGAUGGACACAUUACAAUUGAUCGAAAUGCUAACUAGCGCCUGAGAUGUAAAAAUAUAGAAAAUAUUUUGUCGGAUUUGAGGUGGAUUAAAAGUUAUGUGGGACACAAGACCCCUGACAGAGCUGUCAUGGUCUUGUGUAUGUUGGAAGUAAAGGAUACCAACACUGUAACCAUGUUGUAUCAAAUUUUAUUAGUUAUUUUUCUAUAUCAAUAGUACUGUUCUUGUCUUUGUUGUACAUAUCAUUUAACACACAGGGCUAUGAAUUAGUUACUCCACGCAAGUAAUUUGGCUGGAAGUGCAGCACAUCCUGUUAAUAAAAUCCACCCAGUUUCACUGGA